CUGUACUUCAAUUUGUAAUAUCAGAGUUUCAGUCAAAUAAUGAUCACGUUGCAACUGUGGAUAGCUGUGGGGAUACUUGCCUGGAUAUACUUUCUGUGGAGCCGACGGAGAUUUUACUUACUGAUGCUGAGGGUGAAGGGUCCUGUAGGAUAUCCUUUCUUGGGCAAUGUCAUAGGGUUUCUACGGAGUAAACGUAAUAUUGGCCUAGCAGGUAAAUUUGCCGAGAUAUAUGGACCGACCUUCCUCACGUGGAUGGGAACAGUGCCAGUACUAGUGACAAGUGAGCCAAAUGUAAUCCAGGAUAUUUUAACAUCUCCCUAUUGCCUUGACAAAAGCCAGACUGCGUGCAAUGCAAUAAUAAUGAAUUCUGGACCGGGAAUUCUAGCAUUACGAGGGUCACAUUGGGUUGAGCGUCGCCGGAAGAUGAUUCCAUCAUUCAAGAAGAAUGUAGUGAUGAGCUUCCUUCCGAUCUUCAAUGAGGAGACGAAUAGCUUAUUGUCCGUGCUGGACACUUAUGUUGGUCAGGGUGAGAGAGAAAUACUGCCGGACGUGUUAAACUGGUCCUUUAGAACCGCAUAUCAAACAACAUUGGGCAGCGAUGUGAAGGCGAAUACAAGCUUCAAGAAUGGAACACUAUUGAAAAACUUCAAUAUUAUGGAAAAUACAACACUGGCGAUAUUAUUUCCGUUGGUUCAGAACAGAACUAUCGCAAAGCUGCUGGGAAUUGAAAAGCGAAGAACAGAAGCGGCGUUUGUCGUGAAUGAACUGACGAAAUCCUUAAUCGAAGAAAAGAUGACCAAUAAACCAGAUGAAAAUCAAGAAUCCUUGGCGAUCAGGAACACAGUGAUCAGUCGGGUUGUGGAAUUUCUAAAAAGCGGAGAAUUUUCAUACGAAGAUGCCGAGGGCGAGUGUAGUAUCAUGGUUGGGGCUAGCUUCGAGACAACCGCCGUAACAGUCUUUAGCACUCUUGCCUUUUUGGCCAUGUUCCCCGAGUAUCAAGAUGCCGCCUUCGUAGAGCUUAAAGAUGUCUUUCCAAAUGCAGGAGACUUUGAGGUCUCCAACGAUGAGAUACAGAAACUGGUGUACUUGGAUCGUGUGCUGAACGAGUCGAUGCGGUUGAUCCCAGCGAUUCCAUUGAUAGCACGGGAGACCUCCCAAGAAGUUAAGCUAUCCAAUGGCAUCCUAUUACCCAAAUCCCUGACUCUGUGUCUCGACAUAUUCCACACGCACCGCAACAAGGAUUCCUGGGGCCCAGAGGCACACAAGUUUAACCCCGACAACUUUCUUCCCGAAAAUAUUUCGAAAAUUCAUCAGUACGCUUACAUUCCGUUCAACAAAGGAAAGAGAAGUUGCAUAGGCAUGAAAUAUGCAGAAAUAUCUGCCAAGGUUGCCCUGUCAAAGAUUCUAAGGAACUAUAAGCUAAGUACCAGCUUUCGUACUGAGGAUUUUGUAUUCAUUGAAAAUCUUAGUAUAGAUUUUGCUAAAAAACCUCUACUGGAACUGCAGCGAAGGGAUUAAAAAAGUUAUAUCUAUUAAAUAUGUGCAGAUUGAAUUAUAUCUAACAUGUUAACUUUCUAGGGUGUUGCGAAUAAACCGCUAAAGUCGCGAAAAAAUCUUGACCUGAGGUUUAUUUUUUCGAGGCUUUAGCGUUUGCAGGGUGAAGUUCACUGCG